AUGGCGGGGACUGGCUCUGGGCAUGUGGCUGCGGCGUGGCGGGGACGGGCCGCUGACAAGGCGUACUGGGUCUGCCCGUGCGGAGAGUGGAACUACUGCAAGCGGUGGACCUGCAAGACCUGCGGCUCCCAGGCGCCUCGCUGGACGAAACCGUAUCGUGGCAUCCCAGGCCCGCUGGCCGACGGCGACGGUUUCGUGCAGCAGCCCAGGGGACGCUCGGCGCAGCGGGCGGCCCGCCGUGCGGCCGCCGCAGGCCAGCGGGCGGCCUCUGGCGCGAGCACCGCGCCCAACAGCACGCCCAGCAGCAGGGUGCGCGGCAAGGGAGGCGGCAAGGGCGGCGGCCAGGCAGGGUCUGAGGGCCCGUCCCAGCUGCUGGGGCUUCAGCGGCAAUUCGCUGAGGCCAAGGACCACGUCGGCUUCCACCAGCAGGCCGCGGGCCUCGCGGGAAGCUCUGACGUGUUCAGGCGCGAGGCAGAGGAGGCGCUGCAGGCCGAGCGCGACCGCGUCCAGGCCCUGGAGGCUGCCUUGCAGCAGGCGCAGUGGGUCGAGCGGCCGCCCCACGCAGUGCUCCGUGGUGAGGCCAACGCCAUCCAGAAGGCUGAGCGCCAGCUGGUCAAGGCCCGCUCUACGCGGGAACGCAAUGUGCAGGAGGCUGACACCCUACGGGCCCCGAUCGCGGACAUGCAGGAGAAGCUGUCCAGGCUGGAGGUCGAGAUCGAUGAGGCCGUCGACGAGAUCGCGAAGCUCGAGGAGACCACGGCGCAGGCCACGCAGCAGGCCCUCCUGCGGGCCAACGAGGUCUUCGGUGGCUCCCAGGGCGAGGUUCGUGUGGCGGCGCGGGCUCCUCAUGCAGGUCCACGGGCUGGCGGACAUCCUCAAGCAGUGCUCGGAGGGCGCCCCCCCUAG